UAGUCUAGUACGUAGUCUGCUGACAUCGAUUGCUUGGGAGGUACCUACCUCCAGUAACUAACACUCGGACACUAUUUUUUAGUUUCGUUAUGAAGUUAAAAGAAAAUAAUGUAACGCCAGUACCAAGUCCAUUCUCAGGAAGAGCUCGAAAAUAGGUUCUAGCAAUUAUGAGACAAUGAAGGCUUAUUUGAAAACAUAUGUAAUAUUUUACGUGUGUCUGUAUGUGUCUGGUAGUUUGUUGACAUCUGUUGUUCAACUGGGUCAAGGCAAGUUACGUGGAGUGCGCAGUGCCUUCAGACAAAACAGGUAUUUUAGUAUACCAUACGCAACUAGCGACAGAUUCCAGUCUCCUCGAGAGCCUCCAAAGUGGAGAGGGAUAUUGAAUGCUAUAAAUCCUUUUGUGAGAUGUCCACAAAAAAUCUCCUUUUUCAUAACAGGCACCGAAGAUUGCCUUUAUUUAGAUGUGUAUACUCCAGAACAAGCAAAACCAAAACAAAAACUACCAGUUAUGGUGUUUUUCCAUGGUGGAGCAUAUUUUAAGGGCAGCAAAGAAUUGUACGAUCCACAAUUUCUAGUCAUGAAAGAUGUGAUAGUUGUAAUAGUUAAUUAUAGGUUAGGGGUCUUGGGAUUCCUGUGUCUAAAUGGAGUAUCUAACUUAGGAUUAAGAGACCAGGUAGCAGCCUUAAAAUGGAUAAAAAAAAAUAUCAGUGCAUUCGGUGGCGAUUCCGACAAUGUGACUCUUUGUGGCCAGAGCGCCGGCGCCAGCUCGGCUUCGUUACACUUAUUGUCUAAACAUAGUACGGGUUUAUUCCAUAAGAUGAUUCUUAUGAGUGGAACGGCGUUAUCGACUUGGGCAUUUAAUAUCGAGCCUCUCAAGCCAGCGAUGCAAGAUGCGCAAGAAAUUGCUUAUGUCAGCAACGAGAAGGAGGUGUACAAUACAUUUGCCAAGGCGCCCCUGUCAGCACUUAUGUACGCUACACACGACACCUCAGUAAACCCGCGCUACUUUAAGUACUCGCCGUGUGUAGACGACAAUUUUCCGGACCCAUUUUUCCUCAAUGCGCCGUAUGAAAUUUUUAAAUCGGGAAACUUCAACAAAGUCCCCGUAAUUAUAGGUUAUACUGAUAUGGAAGGUGCAUUUUUUCAUAGAUUGUUAAAUGACAAAUUAGCAAAGGAUUUAAAUGACAAUUUUAUAGAUAUGUUGCCAUGCGUAUUCUCUUCAUGUUCGAAAGAAGAAAAGCAAAACAUUGAACGAAUGAUACGUUCCCAUUACUUCGGUGAUAAAACCAUAAAUUACAAAACAUCGUUCAUCGGCUUGGCAAAUUAUUUUUCAGAUUGGAUUGCAUAUGGAACAAUUAACGCGUUUUCUAAAAUAUUGUCGCAGUACUCUGACCAACCUGUAUUUAAUUACCAGUUUUCAUAUGAAGGAGGAAGAAAUUUUGGCAAAUUUAUUUCUGGUUUCAAUUUCAAUGGUACUACGCAUGCUGGGGAACUAUUUUACAUUUUUAAGCCCUUAGGUUUAUCGCUACCACUGUUGGAGAGAGACCACAGAAUGAUCAACAUGUUUACCACUUUCAUUAGUAACUUUAUGAAAUAUGGGGAACCCACACCGAAUACACGAAACGAACAACUUCACUGGCCUUCAGCAAAUCUAAAUUCAUCAAACAUCUUAGUUAUCGACGAGAAAAUGUCUUUGAUUGACCUUCCUCGUAAACAACAGCGAGGCGAGUUCUUCUUGAGGAUGCUAUGCACGUUUGGGAAAAAUGGCUAUGUGCCUUGCGAGAGCGAGCAACUGUGUACAGAGGAAAAUAAAUAAUGUGUUAUAAAAAUGUUGUAAUAUAUACAAAAGUACCGAUGAAAUUAUACAGAAAAAAUAUUUGUUAAAACCGUAAAUUAUUACGAAUAAAUGUAAUUAAUGUAUUUUAUCGUCUCGAAAUAAACUUACCAAUAAGGAUCACUGUGACGAGACAAAUAAAAUGAAGUAAGACCAAACGGGAUCAGAGGAAUGCGAGUUUUAUAUAAACAAUCAGACGAAUGGUCCAUGUGAAAUGAAAUAAACUGUAGAUUUGCAAACAAGCCCGAGGGUGCGGCCACGACAAACAGUCCGCCUUUUAUAAAUAUGCAGAUCAAAUAUUAAAAGGAACUCUCUAGAAAUCCAGAGCACUGAAUACAAAUGAACUAAAAAUAUAAAAUAAUUUUCAAUAGACUCUAUUUCAAACGUUGAUUCCCGCAUUCAUUAUAUUGUGUGGCGAUCUUUGAGGACAGAUUAAAAAUUUUCUCAUAUGUACUAGAGAAUUAGUUUUAAUUAGCAGAAAAGUUAAUCGAGAGUCAGAACAUGGUAUAUAAACAUAUCACCUUAGAGGAUAUUCGUGAAUUAAAGUAUUACGUAUAAAGUUGAUAGCUACAUCGCAAGGCAACACGGAUCUAUGAAUCACAGUUUGUAAAUUCAAGUCAUUCAGUUCAUAUAAACAUUGUAUCAAAUUCCGAAGCAUUGUACAUACGAUAUCGAAAAGCAGACACAAACAGUCCUCACUGCUGGUGUACUCUGCAGCAUCUGAAGAUAAAUAUUCAAUGUUUUCAUUCAAUUUCUCGCGACCGCCGGCUCCCGUCGCUGCUCAAACACCGAUAGAAACUUAUUUCGUAUUGACCCACGGAGGUCUUGUUGAAUAUUUUUAUAAGCUCGCAUAUGAGAUGGAUUUUAUUAAUCUGGAGAGAACAUUUAUACGUUUAUACUUUGAGAGCUUCAAGCUAUUAUCGAUGAAUCUCGGUUAAAUAAGAAUAAUUUAAAGUAAUCAUUUUCGCUUAUAUAUAUUUUCGUUUGAGUUAAAAUCAUUUUUAAACGAGAUGCGAGUUAAUAAAAUAUUUACAUUAAAAUAUAUUCGAAAUAAUCGACAGCGUUCAAGCAAAAUUAAACAUUUUAUAUAAUUGAAUUAAUCGGCGUCCGAUAAAUAAGUACGACGAUAAAUUUCAAUAUUUGAUUUGCGUAUUCGUUGAUAAUGAUAUAUAUAAAAUAUUUAAUAUUCCGAUCAUAUUUAAAUAAACACAACUGAUAACUUAUACUCUAACCCAUAUUAUCAAAAAUUUCGUUAGUACCAUCUUUAUCAAAGCAAAACACUAUUAACAUGUCAUUAUGUAUUCAAUAACUCACUCAAAUU